CAGAGUCCAAGGACAUCUACCAUGAUUGAUCCGCCUUUGACUAAGAGCCAGUCAGAGGAUGUAGUGAAACAAGAGUUAACUAUGGUGGAAGGUCAGCUUCAAGAUCAGUUGUCUGUUUUUGGGAAUAUUGAAGAGGCACAAAAGAAACAGUUCGAUAAUAUUAGAGAGACCCAACAAAGACAAACUCAUAGUAGGAGUCGAAUAGCAGAGCAAAUUGAAGAGAACAGACAUAUGCAACAAAUUAGAGAAGAGCAACAACAAAUAAGAGAAGAAAAACGACAGAUAAGAGGUGAGAAAAAAGAGUAUCUGUUGCAGGCGAUCCUCGAAAGAUUACAGAGUAAUACGAAAGCAGCUAGUACAGAGACCAAGUCUAAUGGUGUUUUGUAUGCAGGGAAGGCUAUUGAUAAUGACUUGUAUGUAACUCCAAGUGGAGCUCGAAGGGGAGCACAAUGGUCGCCUCCAUUGUCUAUGAGUCGGGUUCAGCAUAAUGAAGAGUGUUUUACACCUGAACUCCCUACUCCAGAAAGGAGGCCAUGGAAGUUGGAGAGACGAGACAGAUUUUACACAACUCCAACACACCCGCCUGCUGGUAGAGACCAGCGAGAUCCUACCGGGAUACACUGUAAACAAGAGGAUGUUUGUGCUUCAGAGAGCAAGUAUGCUACACAGGAAAUUGUAGGCCCAAGGAAGGGGCAUGUUCAAAGGAACCAUGAAUCCGAGA